AUGUACGCUCCAUUGCAGAUAUGGAUGAGAAAUUGCGCCCCCCGUGGAGCGCCGCGAAUGGCGAAUGUACCAGAGAGCGUUGUGGAAGCGAUUCGGCUCGAUUUACCAAGAACAUUCCCGAACAAUCAGUUCCUUCAAACCGAACGGGUACGUAACGCACUUGGACGAGUACUGUACACCCUUGCGCAACAUGUGCCGUCCGUUGGAUAUUGUCAGGGGUUGAAUUUCGUCGCUGCUGUGAUUCUUCUGGUGCUGAAAGAUGAAUCGAAAGCGUCGGAUCUGCUUGUGCAGAUGGUUCGACAACGACAGGACUACUACAAUGAGACCAUGUCAGGACUGCAGAGGGACUGCAAAGUACUGCAAUGGAUUCUAGCGUAA